CGGCGGGUAGCAGCGACCUGUCUCUUUAAGUUGGUGUCAAAGCCGAUUACCGCUGAUCUCCGUCGUGAUUCUGUUUUCACCGUCUGUUCCCUGAAUCUAUUUUUGUUGUGCGUUGCUGACGCUACAAUAGGCUUUCUUAUUUCGAUACAUUUUUUACCGCGCGGCGACGAGCGCCCGCUCCUCCGUCGUUGUCUCGAGCGUCCGGUAACUCCGAGUUAAAGUUUGGACCAUGGGCACGCGCUGAAGUCUUUGUCUUUCUGCGGCUCAGCUCGGUAGGACAUCCCAGAGUAAAGCCUCAAUUUGGCGAGAGGGAUGUGCGCUGCGCCGCGGACACUACAACUUUUUAUACCAUGGUAAGCCUGGAUUACCUUUAACAGCAAACCCACAUUUUCACCGCUUUCGCUCCGGUGCACAAAACAAUGGUAACAUCUGAAGGUACGAUGUGAUGCUUUGGGUUCUCAUUUGAAGUCGGCAGUAAAUAAAAACAGUCGCAUAAAAUGCAGAAGAGCGUGCGGUACAAUGAGGGACACGCUCUGUAUCUGUCGGUGGUCGCGCGUAAAGAGGGCACCAGGCGGGGCUUCCUGAGCAAGAAGACCACGGAGAACAGCCGCUGGGCCGAGAAGUACUUCGCCCUCUACCAGAACGUGCUCUUCUACUUCGAGAACGACCAGAGCACGAGGCCCUCCGGUAUAUACCUGUUGGAGGGAUGCACGUGCGAACGGGCACCGGCGCCCAAGGUGUCCGCCAUCAGCAAGGAGCCCACGGAGAAACAGCAGCAUUACUUCCUGGUUAUUUUUGGCCACGAUGGACAGAAGCCUUUGGAGCUGCGAGCUGAGGAAGAAUCCGACUGCAAUGAGUGGGUGGAGUGCAUCCAGCAGGCGAGUUACUCCGACAUCAUCAUUGAGCGUGAGAUUCUGAUGCAGAAGUACAUCCACCUGGUGCAGAUCAUGGAGACUGAGAAGAUCGCAGCCAAUCAGCUUCGCACUCAGCUGGAGGACCAGGACACUGAGAUUGAGAGGCUUAAAGCUGAGAUUGUAGUAUUGAAUAAAACCAAGGAGAGAAUGCAGCCUUACCAGAACAACCAAGAGGAGGAAGACCCCGAUAUUAAAAAGAUCAAAAAGGUGCAAAGUUUCAUGCGUGGCUGGCUUUGCCGGAGGAAGUGGAAGAUCAUCGUCCAGGACUACAUCUGUUCCCCUCAUGCAGAGAGCAUGAGGAAAAGGAAUCAGAUUGUCUUCAACAUGGUGGAAGCAGAGACAGAGUACGUCCACCAGCUUUCCAUUCUGGUAAACUGUUUCCUCAGGCCACUCCGAAUGGCUGCCAGCUCUAAGAAGCCUCCCAUCAGUCAUGACGAUGUCAGCAGUAUAUUCCUCAACAGUGAGACCAUCAUGUUUCUGCAUGAAAUCUUUCACCAGGGUCUGAAGGCUCGAAUCGCCAACUGGCCUACUCUGGUUCUAGCGGACCUCUUUGAUAUCCUGCUGCCUAUGCUUAACAUAUACCAAGAGUUUGUACGUAACCACCAGUACAGUCUGCAGGUGCUGGCAAACUGUAAGCAAAACAGAGACUUUGACAAACUGCUGAAACAGUACGAGUCCAAUGCUGCUUGUGAGGGACGAAUGUUGGAGACAUUCCUCACAUAUCCAAUGUUCCAGAUUCCACGGUACAUUAUCACUCUCCAUGAGCUGCUGGCACACACACCCCACGAACAUGUGGAGCGUAAGAGCCUGGAGUUUGCCAAAUCCAAACUGGAGGAGCUGUCAAAGAUGAUGCAUGAUGAAGUGAGCGACACAGAAAACAUCAGGAAGAACUUGGCCAUAGAGAGGAUGAUUGUAGAAGGAUGUGACAUUCUCUUAGACACAAGCCAGACCUUUGUUAGACAAGGCUCUCUCAUCCAGUUGCCAUCCAGCAGCGAGCGGGGCAUGCUCAGUAAGGUCCGUCUGGGCUCCCUGUCACUUCGGAAAGAAGGAGAGAGGCAGUGCUUUCUGUUUACCAAGCAUUUCCUCAUCUGUACACGAACAUCUGGAGGAAAGCUUCAUUUACUCAAGCAAGGAGGCACGUUGUCUCUCAUAGAGUGUACCCUAAUUGAAGAACUUGAUGCCAAUGAUGAGGACUACAACGCAGCAGGUCAGGGCUUCAACCAUUUGGAGUUUAAAAUUGUGGUGGAGCCCCCUGAUGGUCAGUCCUUCUCUGUCGUCCUCUUGGCUCCUUCCCGCCAGGAGAAAGCCGCAUGGACCAGCGAUAUCAGCCAGUGCAUUGAUAAUAUCCGGUGCAAUGGCCUAAUGACAAGUGUGUUUGAGGAGAACUCCAAAGUUUCUGUGCCACAUAUGAUCAAAUCUGAUGCCCGACUGCAUAAAGACGACGUUGACAUUUGUUUCAGCAAGACACUCAACUCCUGCAAAGUCCCACAGAUCCGAUAUGCCAGUGUGGAGCGGCUGCUGGAGCGGCUGACAGACCUGCGCUUCCUCUCCAUAGACUUCCUCAACACCUUCCUCCACACAUACAGGAUCUUCACCACAGCGGCUGUGGUCAUCGACAAGCUGGCUGACAUCUACAAGAAGCCGUUUACAUCCAUACCAGUCAGGAUCGAGCAACAUUCAUGUGAUCGUCUGUCCAUCAUGUCCCUCUGUCCUGACUACAGUCUGAAGAUCACACAGCUUGCACUGGACCAGUCCAAGUCCCUGGAGCUCUUCUUUGCAACCAACCAGGGUGCAUGGGGAACUGACCCCUUAAACAACAAAUCGCCGAGGCUGAUUCGCAAGUUUUCCUCCCCUCCUCCUCUCUCUAUACCCUCUCGCACCUCCUCCCCCGUCCACUGCCGCAAGCUCUCCCUCAGUUCCCCAGUCAGUGCAAAAGCAGGAGCCUUGGACCUGUCCACCACCCCCUUGUCCUCUGCUGCCAACUCCCCCACCUCCAGUCAGUGUCCCUCCAUCUCCUCUCCUCCUCCCAGUUUAACCAGGCCCCCCUCUGGCUUUUCCUCCCCGCCGCCCACUGCGAAGCGCUCUCCCAGCCUCCCCCAGGCCUCUGGGGUGUGUUCUCCACCCCCCAUCUCCACCAAGGCCCCUCUGGACCUCAGCCGUGGUCCCAGCUCUCCAGAGCUCAGCCCAGCUGCAGGGGAAGACAUCAGCGGAGAGCUGCCUCGCAUCGACGCCUUCUGUGGGAAGCUCAGACGCAGCAUCCGCAGGGCUGUACUUGAAUCAGUAUCGCUGGAUAAAUUCAUUCCUGAAUCCUCAACCAGCAGUGAGGCAGGUGACAUGUCUCCCUGUCGCUCGCCCUCUACACCAAGACAUCUACGUUACAGACAGAGUGGAGUAACACCAGGGGAAAACUCUCGAUGCACAAUGUCACCGGCUUCAGCUUUUGCGAUUGCCACUGCUGCUGCUGGACACAGCAGCUCCCAGACUUUUACUAAUACUGAGAAAGCCUGUGAUAAAGAAUUCAUCAUCCGCAGAGCUGCUACUAACAGAGUUCUUAAUGUGCUGCGUCACUGGGUGUCCAAACACUCCCAGGACUUUGAAAUGAACAGUGAGCUGAAGAUGGGGGUCAUUAGUCUCUUGGAAGAAGUGUUGAGAGAUCCAGAUCUGCUGCCACAAGAGAGGAAAGCAACAACAAACAUAUUAAGUGCCCUUUCUCAAGAAGACCAAGAUGAUGCUCAGCUGAAGAUUGAGGACAUAUUACAAAUGAAAAGCUGCCCCCUACUUCACUUCAUUGUGGCGGAGAGUCCUAAGGCAGAGUGUUUCGAGUCUCUCUCAGCCAUGGAACUGGCAGAGCAGAUCACCCUGCUGGAUCACAUCGUGUUCAGAAGUAUUCCCUAUGAGGAGUUUCUUGGUCAGGGCUGGAUGAAAGUUGACAAGACAGAGCGGACUCCGUACAUCAUGAAGACUAGCCAGCAUUUUAAUGAUAUGAGUAACCUGGUGGCUUCUCAGAUAAUGACCCAUACUGACGUGGGCUCCAGAGCCAGUUCCAUAGAGAAGUGGUUAGCAGUAGCUGAUAUCUGCCGCUGCCUCAACAACUACAACGGGGUGCUGGAGAUCACCUCUGCCCUAAACCGCAGCGCCAUCUACAGGCUGAAGAAGACCUGGGCCAAAGUCUGCAAACAGACCAAGGCUCUGAUGGACAGGCUGCAGAAAACAGUGUCGUCUGAGGGGAGGUUCAAGAAUCUCAGAGAGACACUGAAAAACUGUAACCCUCCAUGUGUCCCAUACUUGGGCAUGUACCUCACUGACCUGGCUUUCAUUGAGGAAGGAACACCAAACUUCACUGAGGAAGGCCUGGUUAACUUCUCUAAAAUGAGAAUGAUUUCUCACAUAAUCCGAGAGAUUCGUCAAUUCCAGCAAGCCCCUUACAGGAUAGAGCACCAACCAAAGGUGACUCAGUUCCUCCUGGAUAAAACACUGGUGAUGGAUGAAGACACUCUUUAUGAGCUGUCCCUGAAAAUUGAACCUCGUGUACCACCUGGCUGAUGAUGACUGUAUUUCAUCUACAAACACAGUAUAAACACAAAUAGAACCAUACAAUGGAUUCACAAAGCUUGAGGUUCAUUCUUUAUAAAGCAGGAGUUGUUACGUAAAACGCCACUCAGGUGAAACUCAGGUCAAAAUGUGCCUUUUUGUAUGAAUAUUUCAUGUGUAUAAGUAGUAAACAGGAUGAACUGUAUAACAUACAUGACUCUUUGCCAUACAGCCAUGCAGUUAUGACUGUAGACACCACCCUGUUAGAUUGUGAACACGACAUUAGAAGCUAUCAGUUGCUGCUAUCACAUUGUAAAUACCAAACACACUGCCUCUGUAUUCACAAGCACUGUCAGACAAGUUUUAAUGUAUUUGUAUAAUCGUGACCAGAGGCACAAAGAGCUGCUGUUAACCCCUCAGUCUCCUCAUCUCUGUACAGUAUUUAUGUGGUGGAAUGUUACAAACCCUGAUUCACUGUGUGGUAAUUAGAUUAGAGAUGCACCCUGUUCAUUCUGGACAUAUGUCAAGACACUGGACUUCCCACAUAGACAGAAGUCACAGUAUUUAACCAGGAUCUGUUAGCCUGAGGAGUGAAAGUGGUACCUGUGAUGCUCCUCUGGAGAGAACAUUUGAAAUAUAAUAGGUUACAGAUUACAAUUUACACUUUUAAAAAUGUAAUCUGUAACAUUUUUAAUAACCUAAUCAAAGUAUGUUCAAUUGUUUUUCACUUACAUUGCUGAAAAAUCCUCAAAAUAUUACGAGUAACUUAACACUGUUCAGUAAUGUUCAGGCCAUUUAACCAUUUCAGAUUUUAAAUAUUGCUGUAAAAUUGAACUCAACAAGAUGAAUUCAAGACGCAUUGACAUGCUGCAAGUGUGUGAAUAUGUCCACAUUUAAUUCAACAUUAAUGUGAGCUCCAUUUGUACUAAAACUACUGACUCAUCAAAUAUCACAUUGAUCUGACUUAAAAUAGCAGAUAUAUUUGAUUUUAAACCCAAUCAGGACGGACUGUCAGACACAAACUGUCUUACAGAGAUGUGUGGAUGUUUGUGUUGAUGCUCCUCAUAUGCCCCAUCCUUGAACCCACAGAGCAGUGUACUUCAGUGACUGACUUCAGUUCACUUGAAUAGCACUAAAGCUGCAUUAAAAUAUAAUGUUGAUGGUCUAAAUGGUUUAAAUGGUUUCAUGACAUAUGAAAGCUGUAACACUACUCUCUCAAAUGUUGUUGCCAGCAGCAGCA